GUUCAUUUUAGAUCAUUCUGAGAGAACUGUGUUUGGGAAUGAUUCAUUCCUUUGCUCGUAAUUGUGCAAACAUGAUAGAAAAAACUGGGUUCACACGGUUUUAAUUGCCAUUGAAAGAAUCGAGAAAGCUGGAAAGAAUCAGCUCAGCCAGUCGCUAUGACUGUUGUUUUCCACUAGAGUGCGCAAUGAUUGAAAAUUCUUAGCCAAAGAGCUGCUUUUAAGAUUUGAUGAGGGUGUGGACUGUUGGGACGUAAGCAGUCUUUGCUUCAAUCUGUCAAGGCAACUAACAUAUAUUGUUGAAUUCUUAUGAAAUAUAACUGAAAACGACAGGAGUAAGGAGCACUCCUGCCUCUGUCCCCUGGUCACUGUAGGGGUGUGCUCUGAGCCUGGGGACGAAUGCUUUCCAGGCCUCCGUUGAAUCUCCGCGGUUACCUCUGUACUGUAUCCCUGUCCACCCACUGCUAUCCAGUCAUAUCUGGAGGAAAAGUUAGCUGGAAGAGUCAAAGUUAGCCUUGAGAGUUAACUGAAGAGGCAGUUAUGGAUGACAUCUUCACCCAGUGUAGGGAAGGCAAUGCAGUUGCUGUUCGCCUUUGGCUGGACAAUACAGAAAAUGAUCUCAACCAAGGGGAUGACCACGGCUUCAGCCCCCUCCACUGGGCGUGCCGCGAGGGCCGCUCCAACGUGGUCGACAUGCUCAUCAUGCGCGGAGCCCGCAUCAAUGUCAUGAACCGCGGAGAUGACACACCCCUGCAUCUGGCCUCCAGCCACGGCCACCGGGACAUUGUAGGCAAGCUGAUCCAAUGCAAGGCGGACACCAACGCGGCCAACGAGCACGGCAACACGCCGCUGCACUACGCCUGCUUCUGGGGCCAGGACCUCGUGGCUGAGGACCUGGUAACUAAUGGCGCCCAGGUGAGCAUCUGCAACAAGUAUGGAGAAACCCCACUGGAUAAGGCUAAACCACACCUGCGUGACCUUCUCAAAGAGCGAGCAGAGAAGCUUGGGCAGAACUUGACCAAAGUGCCUUUCAAAGACACUUUCUGGAAAGGCACCACUCGAACACGGCCCCGUAACGGCACACUGAACAAACAUGCAGGCAUCGACUUCAAACAGCUGUCCCUCCUAUUGAAAAUCAAUGACAACCACUCUGGAGAGCUGUGGCAGGGGCGCUGGCAGGGCACUGAGGUUGUGGUGAAGCUUUUGAAGGUCCGUGAUUGGACCACCAGAAAGAGCAGAGAUUUCAACGAGGAAUAUCCCAAGUUAAGGAUAUUUUCCCACCCGAAUGUCCUUCCUGUUCUUGGGGCAUGUCAGUCACCCCCUGCCCCCCACACUGUCAUCAUCACACAUUGGAUGCCGUAUGGUUCUCUCUAUAACGUACUUCAUGAGGGCACAAACUUCGUGGUGGACCAGACUCAGGCGGUGAAGUUUGCCUUGGACAUUGCCUGCGGAAUGGCUUUCCUACACACACUUGAGCCAAUGAUUCCCCGCCACUAUCUAAACAGCAAGAGUGUCAUGAUUGAUGAGGACAUGACUGCUAGGAUCAGUAUGGCGGAUGUGAAGUUUUCGUUCCAGUGCCCAGGGAGGAUGUACUCUCCAGCUUGGAUGGCUCCUGAGGCCCUGCAGAAGAAACCCGAGGAGAUUAACAGACGCUCUGCAGAUAUGUGGAGCUUCGCCAUACUGCUCUGGGAGCUGGUGACUAGAGAAGUCCCUUUUGCUGACCUCUCAAACAUGGAGAUUGGCAUGAAGGUGGCCCUGGAAGGACUGCGCCCCACCAUCCCUCCCGGCAUCUCGCCCCACAUCUGCAAGCUCAUGAAAAUCUGCAUGAACGAGGACCCGGCCAAGAGACCCAAGUUUGACAUGAUUGUUCCCAUCCUGGAGAAAAUGCAGGACAAGUGAAGCAUCUCCACUAGUCGCUCACUCACCCCCCCUCCUCACCCCACCCCCACUGUAUGCAUACCCGAUAUCUCACUCCUGUAAGCACCGGUGGUGCGCUGUGUUACCAGUGUUGCCUUAAACUCUUUCCUCUCACUACUUUACGCUAUGCUGUACACCACUUUAACUCGAUUCUCUGUUGAAAAAAAAGAAAAAUAGAAAGAAAAGAAAGAGCAUCAAAGAUGAUACAUUUACUAUUAAUUUGAUUUUAUUACAUCUUUUUUCCCUAAUUUUUCUAAGAUAUGUUUUCUCAUUAGUAUUAUUGUUAAUAUGAUUUUACGUAAGCUACUGUCUGUUCACAUCCCGCCCUGAAAUGUAUUGCAUUGACUAUUAUUAUGUCACAUGGCUCAGUGGAAUUUACUAAAUUAAUGAUUUACCUGCGUGGAGCCAAAAGAUCCUACCAGUGCCUCUCUUCAAAAUGGUUUCUUCUUCCUCUCUGUUAUAAAAAAAGAGAAGUCAAAUACAGUCUUCUGCCAUUUGUCUGGACGGACGCUGUGAACACUUCUGCUUUCUAACAGAAAGAGGACUACUCUGCUUCUCCAAACCGCUAUGUAUAUUCCCUCUAUAUGCAGGUGUAUUGUGUGUGUGUGCGUGCGUGUGUGUAUAUCAGAUUGUGCAACUGCUGUAAGCUGCUUAAUCAGUCCAAUCAUUUCACUGUGCCCAAAAGGGAAGCAGAUUGUGCGAACCUGCAAAUUCACAUGUGUAGGCCUUAAUUGUAUUUCAACACCAGAUAGGUGGAAGAUUUGAAGCCAAGGCAGGUCUCUUGUGAAGCUGGAGCGUUGUGCCUAAAUGCCUUGGCUUCUCACACUCUGCUCUCCAUUGCAUUUGACAUCCUGUGUAGCAGUCCGGUACAUUUCACACAAGUGCUCCUUUGUGCAGAUUUAUUUUUGCUAUGAAUUUUUUUUUUUUUUUUUUGUUACAUAUCUCGAAAUACUGAAUCAUGCGCCAGAAAUACUCCAGCUCUUACAUUAACUCCCCAAAGGAAAGGUCACAUUAGAUUUUUUUCACGCAGUGCUUGUUUUUACUUUACUUUGGGACUUUGCUGCUUUACCUCUUCUCAGUCAUUGCCAUGUUAACUUUGCAUUGCAUUAUAUAUUUCUUUAUUUUUAAAAUUGUAUUUCAUCGUCCAUCCACUUGCUUGCUUGUUCUGAAAGAGGGGCAUAAGCCAAAACCAAGCAUGUCUUUAAAUAUAUGUAAUUUAUAUAUGUGCAUUAAAGAAUUAUACUUGUUUAAGAAA